AUGUCAUGGAGAAUUGCCCCGGCCAGUUGCUCCAUAACAAGUUCACAACUCCCCAUCAGUCUUCUCGAAGCUCGCUCAGGGUUAUGGAAUUUAUGGAAUAAACUGAAGAUCCAGCAGCUCCGCUUUGAAGACUAUUAUUUCGAAGGCCCGUUGACGCGCGCACCAGAAAUUCUCAUGCGCGAUGAUGAAACAAUAGCUGGAGAUAGCCGUCUAAAACUGGAGCAGAAGCCUGCGCGUUUCGCGGGCGUGGCGGUGGGGAAAUCGUUUCCACCCUCUUCUGUCGAAUGGCACGAAGUUACCACGUAG